CCAACAACAAAACAGCGAUGCCAAGGCGCUAACGGCGCCCGGUGCGUCCCAGGCUCCUUUCUGGCCCCACACCUCCUACGGCUGCGGUCCCCGACACCCCCAACCAAGCCCCCCUUCUCCCCAACUAGCCUAGCCGCAAGCUCGGAGCGCGAUCGGCAACAAUGUUUACGUUCCGGGGAUUAUGACGUCGACGCCUCCCCCCCCACAACUGCUGAAAAUGGUUUCCUAGGACUUUGCAAACGGAUCUGCUUAAGUGUUGGUGCAAAACUUUGUAGAUAUCGGCUCUGGCUUGCUCUAUUUAUUUAUUUUUUUGGUUUCUUUUCUUUGGUCUUCCCUCCUUUCCCCCUCCGCCAAAAUGCAGGGGGCAGGAGUGUUGACAAUUAAUUGGUGAACUCUCCUAAAAAAAAUGGAGGCAGAGAAAGACUCUGGAAGAAGAUUGCGUGCGAUUGACCGCCAGAGAUACGACGAGAACGAAGACUUGUCGGACGUGGAGGAAAUUGUCAGUGUCCGUGGCUUCAGCCUGGAGGAGAAGCUACGUAGCCAGCUAUACCAGGGGGACUUCGUGCAUGCUAUGGAAGGCAAAGAUUUUAACUAUGAGUACGUACAGAGAGAAGCUCUCAGGGUCCCCCUGGUUUUUCGUGACAAGGAUGGACUGGGGAUCAAGAUGCCAGACCCUGAUUUCACAGUCCGAGACGUCAAACUCCUGGUGGGGAGCCGCCGUUUGGUGGACGUGAUGGACGUGAAUACCCAGAAGGGUACCGAGAUGAGCAUGUCCCAGUUUGUGCGUUACUACGAGACACCAGAGGCACAGCGGGACAAACUGUACAACGUCAUCAGCCUCGAGUUUAGCCACACGAAGCUAGAGCAUCUGGUCAAGCGUCCCACCGUGGUGGACCUGGUCGACUGGGUGGACAACAUGUGGCCCCAGCACCUAAAGGAAAAGCAGACAGAAGCCACAAAUGCCCUUGCAGAGAUGAAGUACCCCAAAGUGAAGAAGUACUGUCUGAUGAGCGUGAAGGGCUGUUUCACUGACUUCCACAUUGACUUUGGAGGCACCUCCGUGUGGUACCAUGUUUUCCGUGGUGGGAAGAUCUUUUGGCUGAUCCCGCCGACCCUGCACAACUUGGCUCUGUAUGAGGAGUGGGUGCUAUCUGGCAAACAGAGUGACAUCUUUCUGGGAGACCGAGUGGAACGCUGCCAAAGGAUUGAGCUGAAGCAAGGCUACACCUUUUUCAUCCCUUCUGGGUGGAUCCAUGCAGUUUACACACCCGUGGACUCUCUGGUGUUCGGUGGGAACAUCCUGCACAGCUUCAACGUGCCCAUGCAGCUGCGGAUCUAUGAGAUCGAGGACAGAACCCGGGUUCAGCCCAAGUUCCGUUACCCCUUCUACUAUGAGAUGUGCUGGUAUGUCUUGGAGAGAUACGUGUACUGUGUGACCCAGCGCUCCUACCUCACUCAGGAAUACCAGAGAGAAUUAAUGCUGAUUGAUGCCCCAAGAAAAAACAGCGUAGACGGCUUCUCAUCGGAUUCCUGGCUGGAGAUGGAAGAGGAGUCCUGCGAGCAGCAGCCCCAGGAGGAGGAGGAGGACAAAGAGGAGGAAGGGGAUGGUGCAGAUAAAACACCCAAGCCACCCACUGACGGCCCCACCUCACCCACCAGUACCCUGUCGGAAGACCUGGACAGCACAGGGAAGAAGCCUAAAGCCCCUGCCAUGCGAUUCCUCAAGAGGACUUUGUCCAAUGAAUCAGAGGAAAGUGUCAAGUCCACAGCGAUGCCCAUAGACUACCCCAAGACGCCCACAGGCUCCCCGGCCACUGAGGUCUCUACCAAGUGGACUCACCUUACUGAAUUUGAACUGAAGGGCUUAAAAGCCCUAGUUGAAAAGCUAGAGUCUCUUCCAGAGAAUAAGAAGUGUGUCCCUGAGGGAAUCGAAGACCCUCAGGCCCUCCUGGAAGGUGUAAAGAAUGUACUGAAGGAACAUGUGGAUGACGAUCCCAGCCUGGCCAUCACCGGGGUCCCCGUGGUCAGUUGGCCAAAGAAAACUUCAAAGAACCGGGUGGUGGGUCGGCCUAAGGGCAAGUUGGGCCCGGCCUCAGCGGUGAAGUUGGCUGCCAACCGAACAACAGCAGGAGCUCGCAGGCGCCGGACGCGAUGCCGCAAGUGCGAGGCCUGCCUGCGGACGGAGUGUGGAGAGUGCCACUUUUGCAAGGACAUGAAGAAGUUUGGAGGUCCUGGGCGCAUGAAGCAGAGCUGCAUCAUGCGGCAGUGCAUCGCGCCAGUGCUGCCCCACACCGCCGUGUGCCUUGUGUGUGGCGAGGCAGGGAAGGAGGACACAGUGGAAGAGGAAGAAGGCAAGUUUAACCUCAUGCUCAUGGAGUGCUCCAUCUGCAACGAGAUCAUCCACCCUGGAUGCCUUAAGAUUAAGGAAUCAGAGGGUGUGGUCAACGAUGAGCUUCCUAACUGCUGGGAGUGUCCGAAGUGUAACCAUGCCGGCAAGACCGGGAAACAAAAGCGUGGCCCUGGCUUUAAGUAUGCCUCCAACCUGCCUGGCUCCUUGCUCAAGGAGCAGAAGAUGAACCGGGACAACAAGGAAGGGCAAGAGCCUGCCAAGCGGAGAAGUGAGUGUGAAGAGGCUCCCCGUCGCAGGUCAGACGAGCACCCCAAGAAGGUGCCUACAGACGGCAUCCUCCGCCGAAAGUCUGAUGAUGUGCAUCUGAGGAGGAAGCGGAAAUACGAGAAGCCCCAAGAGCUGAGUGCACGCAAGCGACUAAAACCUGGCAAAGAAGAUAAGCUUUUCAGGAAAAAGCGGAGGUCCUGGAAGAACGCUGAGGAUCGUCUAUCACUGGCCAACAAGCCCCUUCGGCGCUUCAAGCAGGAACCAGAGGACGAUCUGCCUGAGGCGCCUCCAAAGACCCGGGAGAGUGAUCAGUCACGUUCCAGCUCACCCACCGCUGGGCCCAGCACUGAGGGAGCUGAAGGCCCAGAGGAGAAGAAGAAGGUGAAGAUGCGCCGGAAGCGGCGGCUUCCUAACAAGGAGUUAAGCAAAGAGCUGAGCAAGGAGCUCAACCACGAGAUCCAAAAGACAGAGAGUACCUUGGCCCACGAGAAUCACCAGCCCAUCAAGUCAGAGCCCGAGAGUGAGAACGAGGAGCCAAAGAGGCCCUUAAGCCACUGCGAGCGCCCCCACCGGUUCAGCAAAGGGCUCAACGGCACUCCUCGGGAGCUGCGGCACUCACUGGGACCUGGGCUGCGCAGCCCACCUCGUGUUAUCUCCCGGCCCCCACCCUCUACAUCCCCACCCAAGUGCAUCCAGAUGGAGCGUCACGUGAUCCGGCCACCACCCAUCAGCCCCCCACCUGACUCGCUGCCCCUGGAUGACGGAGCAGCCCAUGUCAUGCAUAGGGAGGUGUGGAUGGCAGUCUUCAGCUACCUCAGCCACCAAGACCUGUGUGUCUGCAUGCGGGUUUGCAGGACCUGGAACCGCUGGUGCUGCGAUAAGCGGUUGUGGACCCGCAUCGACCUGAACCACUGCAAGUCCAUUACACCCCUGAUGCUGAGUGGCAUCAUCCGGCGACAGCCUGUCUCCCUUGACCUCAGCUGGACCAAUAUCUCCAAGAAGCAGCUGAGUUGGCUCAUCAACCGGUUGCCUGGGCUCCGAGACUUGGUGCUGUCGGGCUGCUCAUGGAUCGCUGUCUCAGCCCUCUGUAGCUCCAGUUGUCCAUUGCUCCGGACCCUGGAUGUCCAGUGGGUAGAAGGACUAAAGGAUGCCCAGAUGCGGGAUCUCCUGUCUCCACCCACGGACAACAGGCCAGGUCAGAUGGACAACAGGAGCAAGCUCCGGAACAUCGUAGAGCUGCGCCUGGCUGGCCUGGACAUCACAGAUGUCUCCCUGCGGCUCAUUAUCCGCCACAUGCCCCUGCUCUCCAAGCUCCAGCUCAGUUACUGUAACCACGUCACUGAUCAGUCCAUCAACCUGCUCACUGCAGUCGGCACCACCACCCGAGACUCUCUGACAGAGAUCAACCUAUCAGACUGCAAUAAGGUCACUGACCAGUGCCUGUCCUUCUUCAAACGCUGUGGAAAUAUCUGUCAUAUUGACCUGAGGUACUGCAAGCAAGUCACCAAGGAAGGCUGUGAGCAAUUCAUAGCUGAAAUGUCUGUGAGUGUCCAAUUUGGGCAAGUAGAAGAGAAACUCCUGCAAAAACUAAGUUAGUUCCAGGACAAGUAUGUAAAUAUGGAGGGUUGGGGGGGAUACAGCCAGGGAGGGGGAAAGACUGCAAAAACAAGUGGGCCUGUAUUUCCCUUUGGAAUUUGAAACGAGAGACUGACUACAGGACACAGUUCUGUUUUGCAAGUCUUGCCAAGGGAGAAGCCGUUCAACCAGCCAUUUGGGGAUGAGUGAGCCAGAUGUUUUCCUUUGCUCUUUCUGCAUCAUAACUGCACUGCUUUCUGGACCAUUUCUAAGGCGGCCUUUAGAAGACAUUCCAAUUGGAAAGGCGGAUAAGCUUUGGAAAAAAUCCUCAGAAGCCUAAACUUAGUGUUUUUAUCAGUAGUUUUGUUUGGGGCACCUUGUUCCUUGCAGUGCUGAGGCUUCUGGAGUCAACAAGGAGUGGACCACACACUAUCUGCAGCCGUCUUGACACGUUUUGUUUAGUUGGUUUUGUUACAUCUUACAUUAUGCAGAACUAUUUUUGUAUAAAUUGUUUAAAAAUUAUUUAUGCAAGAUCUGAAUGCAUACCAGUGUUUUUAUUAUUUAGAUUGCCAACUGUCCUUCAGGUAGGGGAGUUAACCUGUACUUCAACAUAAAAAGCCCAUCUCCAGAUGUGCCCAGGUGUGACAGGGGGCUAUGAGCUUCCACCUAAAAAGCAUGUUUAACUGGAUGCUGAGAGCCUACUGUGUAUGUCAAGAAGUUACACAAGCAUGUUGUGGAUAUGUGUAAAGUAUAGUCCAGGUAAAACACUUUGCCAAGUUUCAAUAGAAUUCACCUCUUCCUCAAAAUUUUACAAUACAGACAUCAGCCUUUACACUCAGGAGGGUUUUGCUCCAAGCAUGAGCUCUUGUAUUCUAUUUACAUAGAUCUAAUUUAUACCAUGAAUCAAGUAGAAUAAAUGUGCCCACACCCUUUCCUUUGUCCCCCUCCUCUCCAGUGUUCAGUUCUCACUUAAGUUGUGGUAAGCUGGCUAUUUUCUAGUUGUCAGGUUCUGCAUCCAUGUGUGCCAUUGUUGUUUGAUGGUGUUUCUUAACCUUUCCUUGAUGCGGUUUUACCUUUGUUGGAUUUGUAUAAACAGUUGUACAAAAAAAAAAAAAAUCCACUCUU